AAUUACUCAAAAAGUAGGAAACAGUUUGUGGUAGCAGCUUGACUAAAACAGAAAGAAGAACACAGACUGCUGUGUAAAAGUUAAAGAUUAGCACAGGAAAUGUCAAGAUCUUAUAAAUAGCUAUACACGAAUAAUUAUUUCCAAUCCCAUUUCUGGAAUCCCACUUUUGGAAGGAAGGCACGUCACAUGUCAGGAGCUCCACAGGAUUGAAGAUUACUUCCUUUGUCAAACACAAAGACAGCUAUCCCCUACAAAAUGACAAGCCUCAUUAAUUUAGGGACAUUGAAUGAUUCACUCCCCUACAGCUUUAUGGAGAGUACAAGCACUGUAAAUACAACACUGGAGGCCAACACCACUACAUGUGUUAUAAACGAUGACUCUAUGAGCAUUCCUUUAGCCUUGGCCUACUCUCUCAUGUUUGUCUUUGGACUGUUAGGAAACGUCUUAGCCCUGUACGUCUUCCUCUGCGUCCACUUGAAGAAGAACUCUGUCCAUGUUUUCCUUGUCAACAUAGCUGUUGCUGACCUCAUCCUGAUUAUCUGCUUGCCUUUCCGCAUCGUCUACCACAGCACCAAAAACCAGUGGAUGCUGGGCCAGACCUUCUGCAAAGUGGUCGGCAACAUUUUCUACAUGAACAUGUACAUCAGCAUCAUCCUGCUUGGGUUCAUCAGUGUGGACCGAUACAUCAAAAUCCAAUGCUCUGCACAGCUGUACAAACUGCAGAAGAACAAAUGGAGCAUCAUCACAUGUUGCAUCACCUGGGGUAUGGCCAUUGCUUUCAUUAUACCCAUGAUCAGCAAACCAGAAGGCAAAGAGAAGGUCACUAAAUGUUUCCAAUACAAGGGCAGACAGAAUGCCAAAUGGAAAGCUUUCUUUAACCUUGCAAUGGUUGUCGUCUUUUGGAUAGUUUAUAUUUCCCUAAUGCUCUCUUAUGGUCAAAUUGCCAAGAAGCUUUUCAAACUUUCUAGGGAGAAAUCAGACCUUCCCAAUGCCCGCAAGUAUAGACGAACGGCAAAAAAAUCUUUUUUUGUGCUUUUUAUCUUUACGGUGUGCUUCGUUCCAUAUCACAUCUUUCGUGUAAUCUACAUCUGGUCCCAGAUCCAUGGCACUACCUGCUACUGGACAAACAUCAUUGACAAAACCAAUGAGGUGGCACUGCUCUUCUCAACUCUAAACAGUUGCCUGGAUCCAGUCAUGUUCUUUCUGCUGUCAGGCUCUGUGCGCAAAAUGACCGUCAGUCUCCUGUGCAGAACGACCACAGAGCACCAACAAGCGAAAGCUUCCCAGGCGACCAGUAGCACUUGGGCGAGUUUCCGCAUCAUUCAUUCAUUUCGACAGAAACAGUUAAUCACAGGAAUCUAAAGCGACCUUCAGCAUCUGCUGGAAAUCCUCAAAACAGGAAAAAGGACUAAAGUAGCUUGGCUUUUGGUGGAACAGUGCGAGACACUCCUAAUGUACUGGAAGGAUGAAAAAAAAACUUCUAAAAACAAGACAAUAAAACUGGCUAUCCUUGACAGAUUUAUACUGGGUUAAAUGGACUGCUGAAAAUACAGUCCGUUCUGUACAGGAAAGAAAGACAUUAAAACAUGGACUAUAAAACUAACAAACUAUAUAAACACAACAGAACUGGCAUCUCUUGAAAUAUGACAUGCUGAAGCAAAGGGAAAUUUAACAGACAGGAAUAACAAUAACAUAAUUUUAAACAAUAUUACCUACUAAGAAACUAUUAAGAACAAUUGCUGAAUUGUCCUUAUAUUUGAUAUUCACUAAGAAUAAGACCCAUUGAGCCUGAAAGUAUCUCAUCCAAUAUGCAAUGUGCCAAUUAAUAAAAACCAAUAAAAAAAAAAAAAAAAAAACCCUAUUGCUAAACACAACAACACCCAAAGCUUUACUCUGGGAUAUCUUUGUUAACUUUAAUAGAGUGUUACAUAUAACGUCUUUGAUAAUAUGUUGAAAAUGAACGAAUAUCCGAAUGAAUAUCUCAACAUGACAAUUCAAUGUUCGUCCCAGCACUAGUUUUAAUAACAGUGUAUUUAUGUAUUUCUUCUGCUGCAUCACCAGGCUUCACAGUACUGUAUUCCAUAUUCAUGUUUGGAAAAAAAAAAAAAGAAAAAGAAAAAAAAGAAAAACAUUUUCCGGUUAUUUUGUGAUCUCUGUAAAAGAGAACUAUGAAGAAAUUUAUCGAGCUCAUUGUGGUUUACAAGUCAGAAAAAAAAGUGACCCCAAACCCACAAGGCAAUAUGAAUGCCUUUUUUAAAACAUGGCAUAUCUGACCCAUUAGUAAAGAAAGCAAUAGACUGCUGUCAUGCAAUUAAACCUUGCUUGCUGGAACUGCACAUUUAAGAUUUCAUUUCCACUGGAGGAAUUUUAAGAAUUCCAUAACACUUCACCAACUCAGUACUAACAAUGUUUUUUGUAAUUCAGAAAUAAAAUUCCAGAAGUGCAAAUGUGCAUCUUGUUUGUAUGGGGAUGUGUGAACGUGUAUUAAAAUAGGCUGUUGUUGAAGGAUUGUGUAAGGUUAAAAGUAGGGCUUGUUUGAAUUGUAAUGGUAAAACCAUGCAAAUGCAACGGGAGGGUCCUUGCUAGAUUCACCUUUGUGAUUUGCAUUGUUAUUGUGGGUUGUUCAGGGGUUAACCUGCAUACAAGCUCACAUGUGAUGAGGGUUUACACUGAACGCCAUUGGUGUUCAUUAAGGACUGGAGAAAGUCGAUGCUCAUAAAACAAACCCUAACUGACAACUUCUAAAUACUUGCUGCUGCAGUCUCAAGUGUAGUAUAUAUUAGGGCUGUGCAGAUACUUAGAGAAAAAAUACAUUACAGUCAGCACCGCCUAAUCAGGAUACUGAUAAUCAGGACUGCUUCUUAAAUGUGAUCAACUCUGGGAGACGGUUCUUCCUAAUGCUAUUUAUGUGGUUUAAUUGGGACAUCACUUUGUUUAAUUGGGAUACAGUAUUUACAAAUGAUGACUGGAGAUUGCUUUCAGAUCAAGACAGGUUUGCGUAGCACAGGGCAGCGAGUACGUGAUCACACUGUGACUUGCGUAAACUACAUUGAACUCUUGAAGGAGCUGGAGUCACCUGUGGUUUCUCACGCUGCUGUUGCAAAGAAAGUUGAUGCAUCAACAUUGCAGGUGCGAUUCAUGUUGUUUAGGAAUAAAAAAACAAACAAAUAUUGACUUGUAUUUUAAAUGAUGUAUUUAACAUUUAAUCAUAAUGUGAUGUGAUUUCAUUCUUUUUCUUUUCAUUAAGAAUCGAAAAAGUGUGACUAAGGUCAUCUCUACUGCCUGUCGUUUAACUGGGACAGCCGCUUAUUCAGGAUAUUUCCUUCUCCCGAAGCGUCCCGAUAAAGCUGCGCCGACUGCAAUUCCCUUUAACGUAUUUUUGUCGAAAUAUUUGAAAACUCUACAACAAGAAAAGCUGCCUUUAUUAUUUGUCCUCACUGAUACAAUUGAAUACAAAUCAAUGUGAAUUAACUUUCACACCAAGUGAUUUGAAAGCAAUUUGUUAUAAGCCAGUUUGCAUUUGACUUUAAAGAAAGGUCAAAGGUCACAAUCAAGGCAAUUUUUGAAUAGAGCAUAUAUGGGUUCCUAUAUGUGUUCCAUAGUAA